AACAAGAUACGAGUUAUCCAUUUUACAGAUGAGGAAACUAAGACUUUAGAGAGAUUAAGUAAUUUAUCCAGGUCCCAAAGCAAGUAAGAAGCGGUGCUAGACCUGGAGCCGAGAUCUUCUGUUUCAUUUUCAGGAUUUUCAGUCCCGUGUAAAGCUGUUGGAGCAAGGAGCAAAGGUAAAGAAUGAUGUAAUGCACUGGCCGCCCCAAAGCAUCUUUUGUUGUGGAAUGGUUAUUCCAGUCAUCUCUUUAUGAAUCAAAUGUGAGGGGCUGCUUUGUGGAAGGAGUCCUUUGCAAGAGCACAUCAACGGGGAAAGAGAAAGGGACAUUCACUUGGAGGGCUCUUGCUGAAAAUGGGUUUAACUCUCCUUUUGCCAGUCACCACCAGCCUGACCUCAUACAUUUUUAGUACAAUGGAGUGACUGAGCCUUUGAGUACACCACCAUUACAUCAUCGUGGCAAAUUAAAGAAGGAGGUGGGAAAAGAAGACUUAUUGUUGUCAUGGCCCAUGAGAUGAUUGGAACUCAAAUUGUUACUGAGAGGUUGGUGGCUCUGCUGGAAAGUGGAACGGAGAAAGUGCUGCUAAUUGAUAGCCGGCCAUUUGUAGAAUACAAUACAUCCCACAUUUUGGAAGCCAUUAAUAUCAACUGCUCCAAGCUUAUGAAGCGAAGGUUGCAACAGGACAAAGUGUUAAUUACAGAGCUCAUCCAGCAUUCGGCUAAACAUAAGGUUGAUAUCGAUUGCAGUCAGAAGGUUGUAGUUUACGAUCAAAGCUCGCAGGAUGUUGCCUCUCUGUCUUCAGACUGUUUUCUCACUGUACUUCUGGGUAAACUGGAGAAGAGCUUCAGCUCCGUUCACCUGCUCGCAGGUGGGUUUGCCGAGUUCUCCCGUUGUUUCCCUGGCCUCUGUGAAGGAAAAUCUGCUCUAGUCCCUACCUGCAUUUCUCAGCCUUGCCUACCUGUUGCCAACAUCGGGCCAACCCGAAUUCUUCCCAAUCUUUAUCUUGGCUGCCAGCGAGAUGUCCUCAACAAGGAGCUGAUGCAACAGAAUGGGAUUGGUUAUGUGUUAAAUGCCAGCAAUACCUGUCCUAAGCCUGACUUUAUCCCCGAGUCUCAUUUCCUGCGAGUGCCUGUGAAUGAUAGCUUUUGUGAGAAAAUUUUGCCAUGGUUGGACAAAUCAGUAGAUUUCAUUGAGAAAGCCAAGGCCUCCAAUGGUCGUGUCCUGGUGCACUGCUUAGCGGGCAUCUCUCGCUCGGCCACCAUUGCCAUCGCCUACAUCAUGAAGAGGAUGGACAUGUCCUUAGACGAAGCUUACAGAUUUGUGAAAGAAAAAAGACCUACUAUAUCUCCAAACUUCAAUUUUCUGGGCCAACUCCUGGACUAUGAGAAGAAGAUUAAGAACCAGACCGGCGCAUCAGGGCCAAAGAGCAAACUCAAGCUGCUGCACCUGGAGAAGCCAAAUGAACCCGGCCCCGCGGUCUCCGAGGGUGGACAGAAGAGCGAGAUGUGCCUCAGUCCACCCUGCGCCAACUCCGCUACCUCAGAGGCGGCAGGGCAGAGGCCCGCGCAUCCUGCCAGCGCGCCCGGCACGCAGCCCCCGCUGUUGGAGGACAGCGCGCUGGUCCAGGCGCUGAGCGGCCUCCACCUGCCCUCAGGCAAGCUAGAAGACAGCAAUAAGCUCAAACGCUCCUUCUCUCUGGACAUCAAAUCCGUUGCGUACUCCGCCAGCAUGGCGGCCUCCUUGCAUGGCUUCUCCUCCUCCGAAGAUGCUCUGGAAUACUACAAACCUUCCACGACCCUGGAGGGGACUGGCAAGCUCUGCCAGUUCUCUCCAGUCGAGGAAGUAUCGGAGCAGACCCCAGAGACCAGCCCAGAUAAGGAGGAAGCCAGCCUUCCCAGGAAGCCUCAGCCGGCCAGGCCUUCCGACGGCCAGGGCAAACGACUGCAUGCAGGAAGAGCCAGCAGCAGCGGGGCCGCCCAGCGGGCCCUCUUCUCCCCGCUGCAUCGGAGCGGGAGCGUGGAGGACAACUACCACCCCAACUUCCUUUUCGGCCUGUCCACCAGCCAGCAACACCUCGCCAAGUCUGCCGCCGGGCUGGGCCUCAAGGGCUGGCAUUCGGACAUCUUGGCUCCCCAGACCUCCACCCCUUCCUUGACCAACAGCUGGUAUUUUGCCACGGAGUCCUCUCACUUCUACUCGGCCUCGGCCGUGUACGGGGGCAGCGCCAGCUACUCCGCCUACAGCUGCAGCCAGCUGCCCACCUGCGGCGACCAAGUCCACUCCGUGCGUCGGCGGCAGAAGCCAAGUGACAGAGCCGACUCCCGGCGGAGCUGGCACGAAGAGAGCCCCUUCGAAAAGCAGUUUAAACGCAGAAGCUGCCAGAUGGAAUUUGGCGAGAGCAUCAUGUCGGAGAACAGGUCGCGGGAAGAACUGGGGAAAGUGGGCAGCCAGUCUAGCUUUUCAGGCAGCAUGGAAAUCAUUGAGGUCUCCUGAGAAGGAAGACACUUGUGACUUCUAUGGACAAUAUUUUUCUUCACACACACACAAAAAUUCCCUGUAAAUCUGAAAUAUAUAUAUGUACAUACAUAUAUAUUUUUGGAAAAUGGAGCUAUGGUGUAAAAGCAAAAGAUGGAUCACCAGGGCUGUCCUCUCAACGUCUGCACUUGAGAGAGCAGCUAUUUCUCAAGAGUGGAAGGGCAGACGCUAGAUUUCCUCCUAGACAGAUGAAACAUUGUACGCAGCGCAUUGCACAUCCCCUCGUUCUUACUGAAUCCAGCUUGAUCUGGUGUUGGAGGACACCGUGCCCUCCCGUUUUCGUGGUGUGCUACACGAAUCUCGAGUACUAGUCUCUGUCCGGCCCCUUCCGUAGUGCACCUUAGCGCUGAGACUGAGCCAGCUCGUGGGUUGGGCGGGUAGACCCCAUCAGGGACAGGACCUCAUAGUGAACGCAAGAGCAGUGAUCCCAUCCAAGGCGGAUUCGCACAUCCAAGCUCGCCCGGCAGCCGAGCGAUGGGAGCCUCAUUCUGCUGCACAGACCGUUAGGGGCCUUGCCAAGGUCGACUUUAGAGCAAACCCAGUACCUCAGACCGCAAGUCGGGGCUUUCACCACUACCAAGUCUGGUAGCCUGUCUUCUAGGCAUUGUGAAUAGGCAGGUAGCUAGUCACGCUUUGCAGACCAAUUCAGACCAUCUCUGCACACAUUUUCAGUUGGGCCUGGAUGGAGGUAAUUUUUUCCUCUCAGCUUGAUGAAGAGAAGGGAAGCCAUCUAGGAUUCAAUUGAACAGCCAGGAAUCUGGCCACAUAAUGAUUUAAGGUCGGUCGGGAGGCUAAACAAGUCUACCUCCCUCCAUGUAAAUCAGAGAAUUGUUCCAAAUGGGAUUGUUAAUCCUUUAAAUUAAGCUGAACUUGGUUUAAGCCAGAUGUGAAUUUAUUUGGGUUGGUAGCAGAAUAAGCAGCAGCUUCGAAGUUCUCAGCCAAAGUAGAUUUUUUUCCAUUUCGGUUUCUUUGCACAGAUACAUUUUGUAAAAACCGAACAGUCAGGUAGACUUUUAUAGGAAACUAGAGAGAGAGAGAAAAGCUCUGGGAAGAUUAAAGAAUUAAAACUGCUUAAGAGAGGCAGGAAAGUCCUUUUUGUCAAUGGUUUUGUUCCCCUGAGCAUGUGAUGAGGGAGGUAGUCUGUAAUUUCCUCAGACUUUCCGAUUUACUAAUGGGGCUGAGAGGCUAAUUCAGAGAGGAGGGUUCAGAAUAAAACAGUAUAGGAAGGUGAGGGGAAGGUGUUUGGAUUUUGUUUCGUUGUGAGCAGAGUGGAAAGCCACAGCCAAGCUCUUCUCAGAAACUCUCCCCAGCAUUUUUUUUAGUAGAAGGGACAUAUCAAAAUGGAGCAGGACCAAGGCGGUCUCUCAGUCUUUGACCUACAAUCACUGUAUGGAAUCAGUCCUGGCAGCUGAAAAUAGGAGUUGAUUGGAGCAAGUACACAAGUGAUUAGUACAUAUCUGCUUUUAGACUUCCUGGCUUGAGUCUUGUCAGCUAAAGUAUGGUCCUCUUUUGAAGCCUUGAUUCACGUCAGCAGCUUUUUUUGGGGGGGGGGUGUCAUUGUUCUUUACUGUAAGUGUAGCUAGUUGCUGACUCAUAUCUCAGGUUUUUCUGUGUUCGAGAAAUGGAUAGUCCUUCGAUUAGGAUGUGACUUCAUGCUUCCUAUGAUGACUGCUGAAACCAGCACAGAAUGACGUGAUUCAGAAUGGACUUGCUCGUGAUGAUUCCGAGCGUCCCUUAACAUAACUGCUUGUACGCAAAUAACGUGCUGUGAUCUGGGUGUAAGACGAAGGCAGGAAGAGCGGACCUGCAUAGGGAGCUCAGUGUUACUGUGUGAAAGAAGUUAUGUUAAAUGAUCUCAGUUUUUCUACAUACACUUAAAUUUGGGAUGUGAUCAGACAGUCUCAUGGUGUCCGAGAGGCAUUUUUGAGGUGUUGUAUAUACACCAAGCGGGGAAGAGCCCACCUCUUCCAGAGUCUGGUCACAACUGCGGGACAUUUUUAAGAAAUGAAAGCAAGAGCUCCAGUGUUACAUAUGUCGCAGGAGGGUUGAGGGGACAUCCAGCAUUCAGGAUUUCUCCUGGCCUUGGUCCCCUUCCUUCCUGUGACUAUGGGGUAGUCUUACCCUACAGCCUUCGUCCUUGAUUGCAAAUGUCAAAUACGCAGUCCUGGGGCCCGACACCACUGGGCCUCUGGGGCGAGCCCUGCCACUGCAUGGAAUCGUAGGGGACACCCUGGAGUCUACCGGCAUGACACUGAACGGUGAUUUCUAAAGAGCAAAACUAGACUUUUGUGAGAAAGGCUGGACAAUGGUUUAGGACAUUUAUAAAGUGAGGUGGAAAGACUGUAUAAAUGUUUAAUAUGAAUAUAGUGUUCUUUUGGAGAAAAAUGCUGUUGAAUGGUUAAAUUGUGCAUUUCUCAUUUUGAUGUUCAUGUAUGUUAAUAUGAAAUAAAAUCAAAACUGGUACCUGUUUAUACAUAAA